AGUUUUGGCUCAAACAUUGUGAGCUCCGUCCUUGGCACGAAGGAACCACUUCGUCCUUGGCGCCAUGUGCAGCGCCAUGUGGUUGACGUUCACUUCCUUGAUCAGCCUUUCCGGUGCGGAGACGUUUCAAUGUUCCGAGCCCGGCCACACCGUGGAGCCGUCGCGUUCCGGAGCCUGCGGAUCGGAAGACAUCCAGGCCUUGCUCCAGCACCAGACAUACGCCAAUGUCGACCGUACUAUGACUUCAGAUCUUGAAUGGCAAGCACUCGUCUCCAGGGCAGACUGUGUUCCUGCAAUACCUUGGCCAUGUGGAAACGAAGAGAUUUCCCGCUUCCCCUUGCAGCAAAUCAACACCGGAAACAACUGUGCCAAUGGGAUGGCGACCAUUUCAUCCUUGGACCUGAACACCUCUCAGUACACCGAUCUGUGUUACAUCCCAGGCGUUUGCCUCAAUGCUUGUGGCAUUAAUCCCAUCGACAGCGCCAUCUAUUGCCAUACUCGAGGCAACUCCUUUGAGGAGCAGUUCGUGCGAGUGGACUGUCCAGUGAGCGAUUUGCAGUCUCCCGUGCAGGGAUCACUUUGCUAUUUUGGCCCAGGUGGUGAUUCCUUUGCGGGUGCCUUUGAUCCCAAAACUGGCAACUACAUCUUCCGGCAGAACAGGAAUCUCCGGUCCAUCGAUUCGGCAGCGAUUGCUGGUUUUCUCGGGUCAACGACGCCGUCCAGCAACAGCCAAGUUCGUAGCAGCAUCACGGGUGUGGCGAGCAACUUCCGUGGUAACGUGGCAGAUUUCAUCAUCCGGACAACGGACAUUGGAGAUGGAAAUCAGACCUACUUGAUUGGAUGCCAUCAGAAUAUGGUCUACUUCCACUCCUUAGACAAUCCGACGAACCCAACGCAACACAGCCAAGUCAGAUCAUUGCAACUUUUGAUUGAAUAAACAUGCAUAGCACCUGGGGCAAAAAUUUCCGCCUCAGUCCGAUUUGCCUGGGAGGAUUCACGGAUUUUAGGGGAACUCCGCGCCAGGUAGGAGUUUCCGCGGCCAGCAGUGAAUGUUUGCCGCAAGCAAAUUUUUACAUAGCCUUCAAAAAGCAUCACCACUGCCUAACACCGACCAGGUUGUCUCUUCCAUGAUUGCAUACCACAUAUUGUUCUGCAAGGACAUAGUUUCACAUAGUUUCACAUCUCAAGAUCUCACACCCUACGAUUUUGACACUUCUUCAUUCAUGACAUUCACAAAGAGGCUGCAACAUUUGUUCAAGCCCUUCAAAGGCACUGUUUUUGAAUCGGCAUUCCUCUGCCAGGAAUCUUCCGCCGUUUUGCCGGGUAUUUCCGCCUUUUUCCCGGGUAUUUCCGCGCCAGGUGUUUUCAACUUUGGACUGGUUUUACUCGUAUGUGCUCAUACCGCACAAGAAACCUUCAAAACAAAGACACAUGUAUAUGAUAUGAUGCUAGCCAAAUUUCCAGGUGGAGGUGGAAACUUAAGUGUCGGCAUUCUUUGUUUUCUUAAUGGAGGGACCGUUCCAGUGAGAAAUGCCCAACGUAAACCACAGAACAUAUUCAACUCCUAUAUAGUCUUUGUCUGAGUAGAUUCUUGAAAGGAAAAAUUUGCGGCAACAAACAUUUUCCGCGGCAAAAAGUUAAUCUCCGCCAGGACGGGAACCCAAAAAGGGCAAGAAUUUCUGCCGAAAGGAUCUUCUAGCCACCUGAAUCGACCUGGUGCACGGUAAAAGGCAAACUUCUUUGGAAAAGUGCCUCAUACGAAGAUCUAGGCAUAUCGCUGGAUUGGACAUGCAUCUUUCUGCCUUUGAAGGACAUAUACGUCGCAUGUAUGAAGGCAAAUCAGAAAAACCAAACUUCUUUGGCGUUCAUGUAACAGGUGUCCAGCCUCGGCUCUCCCAAACGCGAAAGAUCUCGACAGCUUUGGCCUCCAGCCGCCCAGCCAUGUCCUGGACCCCGAGACCGCUGCCAGUGCUUUUUUUUUGUCUCAAGAAGCCCCCAAAAGUGGUGCUUGCGGGUUAGGCCGCCAACGAGGUCUACCACUAAAUUGGUCGACCACCCCAGUCCGCCCACUGGCUUCAUCGCGCAUCUUACUUCGGUGGUUUCGGACAAAGACACCGACUGACUACUUCGGACGGGCGAACUUGACGAGGCAAAGCUUUCAAAUGUCUGGGGUGAACCCCGGUGGUUCCUCCGGUGCUCAGUGGUCCUUCCAGGGCGAGAUCUUUUGCGCCUACAACAACGGCGGCGAUGGUGUCAUUCAAGUCAAUGUCACCGACGUCAACCAACCGCAGGCCGGCCGGGUCCCUGCGGGCAGCGUCAGCGGAUCUGCAAGUACCAACUCAAAUGAUGGUCUGAACUGCCUCAAUGCGACAAACCCAUUUCCACCAGCGGUCACGACGACCAGCACCACAACCACUACCACAACAACGACUACCACAACCACCACGACCACGACGACCACGACAACGACAGCAACGACAACAACCACGACGACUACAACAACAACCACGACAACCACCACAACUACGACAACAACCACAACGAC